CCAUUAUUCUCAUCAUAAACAAAAAUCUUAAAGUGUCAUAGUUUCACUAGAAAAAUGAGUUCCAAAUUGCUUCUUCUUCUCGGCCUUGUCUUGGCUGUGGCUCUUCUGAUCUCUUCAGAAUUGGCUUCAGCCAGAGACCUUGCUUCCGUUGAUCCAUCGGAGGAAACUGAUGGAAGCAGCGGACACAAUCAUGGCGGACAUACAGGCAGCAGUGGAAGAAGCGGAGGCGGCGGCCAUGGAGGCCACGGCGGCGGCCAUGGAGGAGGUAAUGCGGAGGAAACCGAUGGGCGCGGCGGAUAUGAUCGGGGACACGGUGGCAGCAGUGGAAGCGGACACAGCAGUGGCGGACUUGGAGGUCACGGCGGCGGACAUGGAGGCAAAGCGGAAGAAACUGAUGGGCGCGGUGGAUACAAUCGGGGACAUGGAGGCAGCAGUGGAAGCGGACAUGGAGGCAACGGCGGCGGCCACAGAGGUCAUGGCGGCGGCCACGGAGGAGGCAAAAGCAAAGGCGGGAAUUAUUGAAACGCAGAACUAAGAAGUUGCUAGUGUGUAUGUGUGACAUGCCAUAAUUAAAUAAAAUGCUAUUGGUAUGGUUUGAGCUUA